AAUAGCCUAAUGAACCACUUUGGAAAAGACCUCUGAGACCAUCGAGUCCAACUUCUGGCCGAGCACCACCACGGCCACCAGCCCAUGGCACUGCGCGCCACGCCCAGUCCCUCCUCACACACCUCCCGGGACGGAGACUGCCCCACCUCCCUGCGCAUUGCAAUGUCUAAAUUUCCAUUCAUCUCUCCCCGGCCAGUUUAAUAGCCAAUUUAAAGUGGAGACAGCAGUCGGAUGUUCAUCGAGGAGACGACACAGGGUGCAGUUCAGCAGCCACCCCAUCCUUCUCCCUGCUCGCCCACAGCGGCGACCGCUGAGGAAGGGGGGUAUGACUACAUCUCCCAGCAUGCCAGGCGGCAGCACCGCCCGGUCGGGGCCCGCCCUGCUCCGCCCUGCAUUCUGGGAGCUGUAGUCUGGCCGGAAGGCGGGCGGGGGAGGGCGGGCGCUGCGCCUGUGCCACAGCGAGCCCGUGCCGCUGGCCCGGGGCUCCGAGCGGGGUGGCUUGGCCGGCUCCUGCCUUCCUCCAGCCCGCCUGGCACAGCUCGCACCGGGAGGGGGAGGUCUGGCUCUCGGCGUCCUGAUGAAGCCCAGCUAGGGGAGCACGCUGCCGCCUCAGAAAGUUGGAGGAGAAGAAGGAGGGGGAGGAGGAGGAGGAGGAGGAGGUCUGCCCAGCGAUGUAGCCCAGAGCGUGGAACGGCAGCCCGUGGAAGGCAGUUCAGCUCCUCACCGCCCUGAUCCUGGAGCAUGGGCUAAAAACUAUGUUCCUCUCCCGUAUGGAAAAUCAUUGUUUCCUGCUGUUUGUGUUUGUCUUCCAAGCAAUAUUUAUCCUGAUCCUCUACCGAGGCGGACCUUCGCGUGUGUUCCGCGGGUUUUUAGAGUCGCCUCAGGUGGUGGAUUACUCGAAGCCCCAUGAUGUGUACACAAACCUCAGCUUGUUCACCCGGGCUCCCCAUGAGGACACGAUGCCCUACUGCUCGGCGCAGUCCCCGGUCCUGGUUGGUCCAUUAACCAUCACCUUCAGGGUGCUUCCUAGUGAAAGGAUGAUCAUGAAAAGAAAUCCUUUUGUUCAGUCUGGUGGCCACUACAAGCCACCUCACUGCUUUCCCCGCUACAAAUCCGCCAUCCUUGUGGCCUACAGGAACCAGGAGAAGUACCUUCGCCAUCUUCUCUACUACAUCCAUCCCUUCCUGCAGCGCCAGCAGCUCAGUUACACUAUCUACCUGAUUCAGCAGGCAGGGACUGGUUCAUUUAACCGAGCAAAGCUGCUUAAUGUUGGUGUCCGGGAAGCCAUGAAGGAUGAAGAGUGGGACUGCCUUGUCCUGCAUGAUAUUGACCUGGUGCCUGAGAAUGAUUAUAACCUGUACAUUUGUGAUGAAUAUUAUCCCAAGCACAUGGCCAGUGCCAUGGAUAAGUUUCAGUACACUCUGCCAUACAAGUCCUUUUUUGGGGGCGUGUCUGCUCUGACUCCAGAACAUUACAUGAAGAUGAAUGGGUUUCCCAACACAUACUGGGGUGAUGGUGGUGAAAAUGAUGACAUUGCUACAAGGGUGGAGUCAUGCCAGUUAUGCAUAGGAGUGCACUUCUUUGAAGAGAAUCCUGGAAGGAUUCACUUGGCAGGAAUGAAAAUAGUCCGGACAUCCCCUCACCUUGGCCGCUACCGAGUGAUGGACUACAGUGAAGAGACAGAGCUCCAAGAGCCUUGGAGGAGGCCUCCUUCCCAACACAACACCAGAAAAACAUGGAAAGCUGAUGGAAUGAAUACAUUACAGUUCAGGCUCCUUUCCAGGACUAAGCAUCCUCUUUAUACCAAGAUCACUGUGGACAUUGGAUAUGUUCCCCCAUUUUCUUAAGAGACUAAAAACAAAAGCAGAGGUUGGGUGCCACGUGGGCAUUCAGCCAGUCCCUCCCGUUUUCCUGUGGCAUCUGUCCCACCUGAGAUUAACCCUUUUGCCUUUCACUUUUCUUCAUUGUUUCAGGUUUAGAAGAGGCUCCAGGAACUGGGUAUGACAGCUACUAAACAGUCUGUGGCUUACUGUAAAAAUUGUCCAGGUCACUGUAAAACUGACUCCUGAGCCAUGUCUAUGGCAGUAAGCCAAUCCAAGCUUUCUGGAACCUUUGUCCAGGAGCUGGAUAGCUCUGUCCUGCCUUGUACUUAAGUGUUAAUUGGGAUGCAAGCCAUUCUGUCAGAUUGGCCUCUGACGUGCUGUAUUAUGAGGUGUUGAAGCCAUUUACAGUUCUAUAAAUAUCUUUUGUGAAUUUGAGUAAAAUAAAUGGAGUUAUAUGUUUGGCGUAAAGAAUUUUAUAGAAUACUGAAUAAGAGUGUAAUAAAAGAGAAAAUUGCCCUGAAACCAGACAAA